UCUUCAUCGCCCAAAACCCCUUCAUAAACCCUGCCUGAGGCUCUUUUCUUCUGCUCGCACGUCCUGCUUCCAUGAAUCAAAUAAUGGCAUUCACCUCCUCGUCUCUCCUUCUCUUCCUGCUAUGCUUCUUCCAAUCUCUAUGCCUAUAUUCUGUUUCAUCCUCCCCAAACAAGCCUCUCCUCCUCCCCCUCACGCACGCACUCUCACUCUCACUCUCCUCCUCCUCCUCCUCCUCCUUUCCCUCCCAAUCCUACCUCCUCAAAUUCUCCUCCCUCCGCUCGGCCGAACGCUUCCAUUCCAGUCGCCGGAGGAGGCGGCAGCUUCCCCUCCCCCUCGCUUCCGGUGCGGAUUACACUCUCUCCCUUUCCAUCUCUUCCACCACUGUAUCCCUCUACCUCGACACCGGCAGCGACCUGUUAUGGUUCCCCUGCUCCCCCUUUCAAUGCAUCCUCUGCGAAAACAAGCCCCUUUACUCCCUACCGCUUCCUCCCCCUCCCUCCUCCCACCCUGUCCCCUGCUCCUCCCUUCUCUGCUCUGCAGCCCACUCUUCGCUACCCAUUUCCGACCUCUGCGCCGCCGCGCUCUGUCCGCUCGACGCCAUUGAAACGUCCUCAUGCUCUCCUUCCUCCCAUCCCUGCCCCCUCCUCUACUACGCUUACGGCGACGGAAGCCUCCUUGCCUCUCUCCGACGCGGCCAUCUCUCCCUCAUUUCCUCUCUUUCCCUCUCCAACUUCACCUUCGCCUGCGCCCACUCCGCCCUCGCCGAACCUCUCGGCGUCGCCGGUUUCGGCCGCGGACCUCUCUCUCUGCCUUCCCAGCUCGCCAAGCUCUCGCCUUUCCUCGCCUCCCGCUUCUCCUAUUGCCUUAUCUACCACUCCUUCCUCCCUAAUCGCCUCCUACGCCCCAGCCCUCUCAUCCUGGGCCGCUCCUCAACCAUUUCCUUCACCUACACUCCCCUACUUCACAUCCACAAAAACCCUUUUUUCUACUCUGUUUCGCUUCUCUCCAUCUCCGUCGGCCGGGUUACCAUUCCGGCAAGUUCUCAGCUUAUCUCUAGAGGCAUGGUGGUGGAUUCCGGCACCACUUUCACGAUGCUUCCCGGCGAGAUGCACCGCCAGUUAGCUGCUGAGUUCCAGCUGCAGAUGGGGAGGCGCGAAUUCAUCCGAGCAACCGGCGCAGAGGAGAGGACGGGGCUCGGACCUUGUUACGAGUACGGAAAUGGGAGGAAUGAGAGCCAGCGAGUGCCGGCGAUGGGACUCCACUUCGCUGGAAACGCCAGUUUGUGGCUGCCGACGAGGAACUACUUUUUGGGAUUUGAGAGCGAGGGGGAGCGUGUGGGAUGCUUUAUGGUGAUCAGUGGUGGAGAUGAAGCGAAGGGGGAGGAGGAUGAAGGAGGAGACGACAGCGGCGGCGGGCCGGCGGCGACGCUUGGGAAUUUCCAGCAGCAGGGGAUAGAAGUGGUUUAUGAUUUGGAGAUGGGAAGGAUCGGGUUUGCCCGGCGGCGGUGCGGCGAGCUGUGGGAUUCAGUGUCACGUGGGUGACCGCACGUGCCAGCAUUGUUAUUUUUUUUCCUGUAUUUUCUUUUCAAUUAGAUGUACAUGAAAAAUACUUGGAAAAAAAGAACAAUGUACAUACUUUGAUAUUCUAUGCAAGCAAAUGUUUAGAUAAUGAUUAUAGUUUUUACCAUUUUGCCA